UUGACUCACAUUGACCGGGCAAGCUUCCAGGUUGAUGCCUUUGGAACAUCAUUCAUUCUUGAUGUCGUGCUAAACCAUGAUUUGCUGUCUUCUGAAUACAUAGAGAGACACAUUGAUCAUGGAGGCAAAACUGUGGAAGUUAAAGGAGGAGAGCACUGUUACUACCAGGGUCAUAUCCGAGGAAACCCUGCUUCGUUUGUUGCAUUGUCAACAUGCCAUGGACUUCAUGGGAUGUUCUGUGAUGGGAACCACACAUAUCUCAUUGAGCCGGAAGAAAAUGACACUUCUCAAGAGGAUUUCCAUUUUCAUUCAGUUUACAAAUCCAGACUGUUUGAAUUUCCCUUGGAUGAUCUUCCAUCUGAAUUCCAACAAGUAAACAUCACUCUACCAAAAUUUAUUUUGAAACCAAGACCAAUAAGGAGUAAACGGCAGCUUCGUCGACAUCCUCGUAAUGUAGAAGAAGAAACCAAAUACAUUGAACUGAUGAUUGUGAAUGAUCAUCUUAUGUUUAAAAAACAUCGACUUUCCAUUGUAUAUACCAAUACCUAUGCAAAAUCUGUGGUGAAUAUUGCAGAUUUGAUAUAUCAAGACCAACUUAAGACCAGGAUAGUAUUGGUUGCCAUGGAAACCUGGGCAACUGACAACAAGUUUGCCAUUUCUGAAAAUCCCCUGAUCACCCUACGUGAGUUUAUGAAAUACAGGAGAGAUUUUAUCAAAGAGAAAAGUGAUGCAGUUCACCUUUUUUCGGGAAGUCAAUUUGAGAGUAGCCGGAGCGGGGCAGCUUAUAUUGGUGGGAUUUGCUCGUUGCUGAAAGGAGGAGGCGUGAAUGAAUUUGGGAAAACUGACUUAAUGGCUGUUACACUUGCCCAGUCAUUAGCCCAUAAUAUUGGUAUUAUCUCAGACAAAAGAAAGUUAGCAAGUGGUGAGUGUAAAUGUGAGGACACGUGGUCCGGAUGCAUAAUGGGAGACACUGGCUAUUAUCUUCCUAAAAAGUUCACCCAGUGUAGUAUUGAAGAGUAUCAUGAUUUUCUGAAUAGUGGAGGUGGUGCCUGUCUUUUCAACAAACCUUCUAAGCUUCUCGAUCCUCCUGAGUGUGGCAAUGGCUUCAUUGAAACUGGAGAGGAGUGUGACUGUGGGACCACAGCUGAAUGUGUCCUGGAAGGAGCAGAGUGUUGUAAGAAAUGCACCUUGACUCAAGACUCUCAAUGCAGUGACGGUCUUUGCUGUAAAAAGUGCAAGUUUCAGCCUAUGGGCACUGUGUGCCGAGAAGCAGUAAAUGAUUGUGAUAUUCGUGAAACAUGCUCAGGAAAUUCAAGCCAGUGUGCCCCUAAUAUUCAUAAAAUGGAUGGAUAUUCCUGUGAUGGUGUUCAGGGAAUUUGCUUUGGAGGAAGAUGUAAAACCAGGGAUAGACAAUGCAAAUACGUCUGGGGGCAAAAGGUGACGGCAUCAGACAAAUACUGCUAUGAGAAACUGAAUAUUGAAGGAACUGAGAAGGGUAACUGUGGGAAAGACAAAGACACAUGGAUACAGUGCAACAAACGGGAUGUGCUGUGUGGUUACCUUUUGUGUACCAAUAUCGGUAAUAUCCCAAGGCUUGGAGAACUCGAUGGUGAAAUCACAUCUACUUUAGUUGUGCAGCAGGGAAGAACAUUAAACUGCAGUGGCGGGCACGUUAAGCUUGAAGAAGAUGUAGAUCUUGGCUAUGUGGAAGAUGGGACACCUUGUGGUCCCCAAAUGAUGUGCUUAGAACAUAGGUGUCUUCCUGUGGCAUCCUUCAACUUUAGUACUUGCUUAAGCAGUAAAGAAGGCACUAUUUGUUCGGGAAAUGGAGUUUGCAGUAAUGAGCUGAAGUGUGUGUGUAACAGACACUGGAUAGGUCCUGACUGCAACACUUAUUUCCCUCACAAUGAUGAUGCAAAGGCUGGUAUCACUCUGUCUGGCAAUGGUGUUGCUGGCACCAAUAUCAUAAUAGGCAUAAUUGCUGGCACCAUUUUAGUGCUGGCCCUCAUUUUAGGAAUAACUGCGUGGGGCUAUAAAAACUAUCGAGAACAGAGACAGUUACCCCAGGGAGAUUAUGUAAAAAAGCCUGGAGAUGGCGACUCUUUUUAUAGCGACAUUCCUCCUGGAGUCAGCACAAACUCAGCAUCUAGUUCUAAGAAGAGGUCAAAUGGGCUCUCUCAUUCUUGGAGUGAAAGGAUUCCAGACACAAAACAUAUUUCAGACAUCUGUGAAAAUGGGCGACCUCGAAGUAACUCUUGGCAAGGUAACCUGGGAGGCAACAGAAAGAAAAUCAGAGGCAAAAGAUUCAGACCUCGGUCUAAUUCAACUGAGAGGGAGCCCCAAGCUCCUGAGCCUGGGCACUCCCUCGCCCAGACAGUCCCAUCCCAAGGCAUAAGCCCAGGGGGCUCUGACAGCCCCCAGACAGGGAGUCUGGAUCACAGGUAUUUAAACCCAUGGUUCAAAAGAGACUAUAAUGUAGCUAAGUGGGUAGAAGAUGUGAAUAAAAACACUGAAGGACCAUACUUUAGGACUUUAUCUCCUGCCAAGUCUCCUUCUUCAUCAACUGGGUCUAUAGCCUCCAGUAGAAAAUACCCUUAUCCAAUGCCUCCACUGCCCGAUGAGGAGAAGAAAGUGAACCGACAAAGUGCCAGGCUAUGGGAGACAUCCAUUUAAGAUCAACUGUUUACAUGUGACACAUCGAAAUUGUUUACUUCAACUUUUAUAGAAACCCAGCCUCACGGAAUCACUGCAAAUCUAUCUGCUCUUCAGACAAUACAAAGACCCUCUGAAAUGCCACAGAGGAGAGGAAGCCGAGUCUCACAUCUGGAUACCAUUUUCUUUUUGUCAUUGGCUUAGGAUUUAACUGAACCAUGAAAAGAACUACUGAAAAGUUACACUAUAACAUGGAACAAUAAAGGUACUGGUAUGUUAAUGGAUAAUUCGCAUGACAGGUAAUAUGUAGAAAUAUCAAUAAAGUUAACUCAUAUGACCCAAAUGUAGCAAGUUUCCUAAGGGACAAUAAUGGAUUCAGAACUUGACAUUCUGAAGCACAUCCUCAUUGUAAACAGUAAUGCUAUAUGCAUGAAGCUUCUGUUUAUUUUGUUUUCCAUAUUUAAGGAAACAACAUCCCAUAAUAGAAACUAGCAUGCAGGGCUAUGGCAUAUAGGAUUUUUCUGCAGGACUUUAAAGCUUUGAGAGGCCAAUAUCUCAUAUGCUAACUUUAAUCAUGUAUUUUUAUUUUUGUUUUUUUACUUUUCAUGUUUAUAUCAGCAUACAAAGACAAUUGUAUAUAUGUAAACAUUUUUAAAAUUAAAAAAAGCAACUGUUACAUACAAGUGUAUUUUGCCAAAUGCCUAAAAACAGUCACAGUCACAUCAGUGUCAUCCAUCCAAUGGUCUUCAAAGAUUAUAAGCAGAUGAUAUUGUAAAUAUAGUGGUCAGUGCUAUAAAUGUGUCUCUUCAUAAUUGGUAUUUGUCCAAAACAUGUGAUGUUCCUUUAAACUGUGCACAGUCUGGAGGCAGGUUUAUUGAGUAACUAAUUGAGUGAGAGGAUAAAAUGCCCAGCAGAACUUCUGGUCUCCAUAGCUUGCUGAAGCAGGAGACUGGUAGUUCAGCUGCUGUGUUGCCUUAAAACACUCUGCAGCUAAUGGGCGGCUCCCUGGGAGUCAUCCCACUUGUCCACUGUCUUCUGGGAGCAAAUAGCGUCUGCCUGGGCGGCAGCUGUUAUUUUUCAGUACCAGGGCGCACAUGUUAGGCUCACCCUGCAGGCCGGUGAACCCCUCAGCAGUGUGUCCUGCUGAGAUGAAACAAGUGCACCAAAGACACGAGACCACAGACCGCCAGUAAACUUGCCAAUACUCUAAGCUUUUGUGGUCUGAAGUUUUGCUCCCUAGUAAAGCUUUUAAGUCACCCUUAUCUGUGAAAUGAAUGACUUGUUUUAGCAGAAGCAACUUUUACACUGUUGAUUAAGGAUAUUUGUCAUCACUGGGGUGAGUUUCAACAAGUUAUUCUUUAUUGGCUUUGAAGCAACAUGAUGGAAGAUUCAUGAGCUGGAAAGCCCUAACAGUUCACAAAGGGAUAAAUGGAAUCUGAAACCACAAAGAUGCAACAACUCUGAAGUUACACAAACAGCUGGCAGGGGAGAGUCUGAUAUUUUGAACUGUAUGUAUUUUAAUCUUUAGGAAAAUGAGAAUUCUGUGUUGAAAACUCCUUCUUAACAACCAAAGCUUGAUGGCUGUUAAAAUUGCAGCCCUGUCAUUCCAAAAGAAAGCUAUCCUAGUGAGGUUGGAAUUGAUAGAAUCAAUUACAUGGUAUGCUGUGAAAGUGUACUUCUGAUUUCCUCUUUUUCUCUGCUUUUUCUUGAGAGGAAUGGGAUCUACAGAGAAGAUUUUAGAGAUGCUCUCUAAAUUUGAUCUGUCCCAGUAGUGUCCAUGGACAAAAUCCCCUUCAUCUUCAUGUGUAAUUGUCUUAGAUGCCCAAACUGAAGGGCCAUGUUCGAAGGCAGCGUUUUAUACUCUGUGUUUAUGUCUUUUGUAAUGGACCUCUCUUCUGAAAGGCUUUGAAGAUGUUUGAAAAGCAGUUUAAUCAUCCAAAACUACACAGUGCAAAACAGCACUUGUCACAACAGCAAGGGAUGUGAUUGUUGAUGCUACAGUAAAACAAUCCAUCAGACCAAGGUUUGGGUGAGUGUUGGGUAGCGUUUCCACAUAGUGCAAGCCAAGGACAAAAGGGCAGACAGAUGAAAGAUGUAGCAAAUAAAGUGACUUUUGAGCAAGAUCACUUUAAUGUGCACUGAAUGUUUUCUGGUGUUGAGUGUAUAAAAGGCUAAUGUUAUAAGGUGUAUUUUCAUUAUAAAAGAAUUUAUAGAUUUGAAUGUAAGGUGCCUCAUGUAAAUAUGCUUCCUAGUUACCAUUACACAAGCCCUAUUUUGAAAGAAUCCACAAUGGCUAGCUAAGUAGUCAACACAUCUCUUUUCAUCCAUCUGUCUGUCUUUCCUCACCUCAAUUACUUUUACAUGAAAUUUUUAUUUCAAAUGAAAAUCAUUCAUGUGCCUUUUGGAAGACAUGGUUGCUCUAAGGUAUGCAGUUUGUAAUCAUCCUCCUUGGUGAUGACUUCAUAGGGAACUGAAUGAAAAAAUUGUUUUAUUUGUA